AUGCCUAUGUUUGAUCCAGGGAAGGAUAAGAUUACUAGGGAUGUUGUUUGGGUUCGUUUCACGGCUCUUCCAAUGGAGUUUUGGGAUGAAGAGACGAUUUUUCGAAUGGCUAGAGGGCUUGGAAAGCCGGUUUCUGUUGAUCUAAGAACUCUGCGCCAUGAAUAUGGCUACUUUGCUGUGGCUUUGAUCGAUAUAGAUUUCUCGCAACCUUUAGGAAGGAUUCUGGUUGAUGGCGAAGAAAAUGAAGAAAUUUUUGUUCAACAGUAUGAAAUUUUAAACAGGCCUAGUUUUUGCGAUUAUUGCAAAUCUAUUGGUCAUAAGAAAUCUGAUUGUAGAACAAAAAAAUAUGAUGAUUUGAAAGACAAAGCUGAUGAAGAAACUGAUCCUGAGAUCAAAAAAUCAAUUGAAGCUGACAUGGAAGACCUUAAGAACUUCUGGCAAAAGGAAAGAAUUCCUAAAGAUGAUGGCAAAGACAAAGCGAAGAAGCCGACUGAUCCAUCGCUGCGAACAAUUCUUGAGAAGGAUCAAGCAAACAAACCUGGUGAUGAUCCUAAAACAAUGAAGAACCCAUCAAUCCUUGAGAUUGCUACGGGAAAACAUACUCAUUUCCUUGAGAAAGUGAAGCUAGUAAUGGUGUGGGAUCGGGUGAAGAAGCGCAAUGACGGUGCUAAUCUGAUCGAACGCAAUGAUGGUGCUUCUCAAUCCGAAAAGCGCAAUGAUGGUGCAGAGUCAAAUUUGCGCAAUGAUGGUGAGGAAACUGCGGAAAGUGUGCAUGAUAGUUUGCGUAAGGAAGAUGAUGUAAAUCUUGAGGCACAAGAGAUGGAAGCUUUUAGGAAUUAUGAGGCUAUGAAAGAAGCAACAAGGCAGCGUACUGAGGUAGCAGCUAGCUCUCCAGCUGCUAAUAUUCAGGCUCCUACGGAUGAUAAUGAUGAUGCUAGUUUUAGUGAGGCCACUAAAACUUCGAGAAGAUCUACUCCGUCUAAAUCUUUAGAGAACUUAACGGUUUCUAAUAGAUUUGAGACUGGGAACGAAGAGACUGAUGAGGUAGUUAUUGAAACAAAUUUGGAUACGGUGAAUACUCAGGAUCAGACGCAACCAACAAAUAAUUCCAAAGUAGCAGAAGAUGAUGCAAUAAAUUUGGAAUUACUUGCUAAGAAGGAACAAUAA